UGAUGUCUCUCUAAUUUUCCUACGAGAAAAUUUCAGAAUCAAAUUCAAUUCUAGUUUUUCGGUAGUAAUAAGAGACGUAUACCCUAUCUAAUCUUAUACAAUGGAUAUAGGAAACAGCACAGAUCCGGAAAUGCUGCCAGGUUGUUGCCGUAUUUGUGUUUCAACGUGCGAUGUACGAUUUUGCAUUCACGAACAGCAGGAAAGUUCUUUAAGCUUACACUUAAUGCUGGCAAAGCUGUUUCCAGCUGUGUUUAAUUUGGAGCAGGUGGAGCACGACCGCAGCAGGAACUGGCCGGCUGCAAUCUGCCAAGAAUGUAAAUGUAAAGUGAUCAAUGCGUACACGUUGUAUGAACUGUGUGAAAAAAGUGUGGAUUUGCUGAAUCAGCAACAGUUUGAAAUGAGCAGUGGUGAGGGAGGAAAUACAAGCAACGAGUAUUAUUACAGCAACAAACCAUCGGAGGAUGUAGCACUGGAAAUAGAGAACGUAUUUAGCGUAAAGCUGGAAAAGCCUAACCACAGUAUGAAUUGGCCAUCUACACUAUCUCAAGACGAUAAGUGUAAAGUGCCAAAGUCGUGCGUGUUGCAUGCCCAAUCUGAGAAGAACAUCGAAUUCUCGGACCACAAACAGCUUGAAACGAACGACGACGGGGCGCUCGUUGUAACAAAGGAAGCGUAUUUCACAAACGACCUGCCAGAAAAAGUACCGCCGGUUACCGAGGAAAAUCCGUUUGAAGAAGGAUUACCCGUGGAGCUUAUUGUUCUCGAUACAUUUUCUCAAACUGUGCGAAAAUCUAAGAGGAUAUCGUUCAAAAAGCGCCAAAAUGUAAUGCACACUGUAACGAAAAGAAAGCAAACUAAACCCGGCAAACUUAGCUGUUCCGAAGAACAUGAAGACUUGAACGAUAAAAGUAAUGGAAAACGGACAAAGUUACACAGCGACGAUGGCAGUCUUUCGGAUGAGAAAAGUAAAGAAAACCUACAUUUGCAUUUCGAUGCCAAAACUUCCCGUACGGCUUCGUCCAAAGCUCGUGGCAGCAAGCUCAAAAGAGUUAAAACAAAAAUCGAUUCACCAGAAACAAUACACGUAGAUGCAGAAAAUCUGGAGACCAAAAUCGAUCUGUACCGUUGUUUGUUUUGUGAUGCACCGACCUACUCCUCACCAAAAGAACUCACCGAGCAUUUGAAAGAAAAUCAUCCCGAUCAACUACGGCGUUGCGAACACUGUCCGAAGGUGUUCGUGACUCAAACGUCCUUCGAGCAGCAUCAAUACUGCCAUGCAACAGGACGAUCCUACUUUUGCACGUUUUGCGACAAAGGAUUUCAAACCGAAAAGCUGCUUAACAGUCACAUACGUACUCAUACCCACCGGUUGAACUUUUUGUGUUCUCACUGUGGCAAAGAGUUUAACAACAAGAGUAAUCUACGUCAACACAUAAUUAGCCAUUCGGGUGAUAAACCGUGGGCAUGCAAUCUGUGUCCGUGUCGCUUUAGUACGAAAGGCGGAUUAACGAUACAUCAAAAUACACACACGAAAGUAAAAGCGUUCAGCUGCGAUACCUGUGGGUCGCAGUUUAAUAAACAUUACUCACUCAUCAAGCACAAGCUGAUUCAUACAGGCGAGCGUCCGUUCGGUUGCGAAGUUUGUGGCAUGCGGUUUACUACGAGCUACAUGGUUAAACGUCACAUGCGUACUCAUACGGGUGAGAAACCAUUUAAGUGCACUUACUGCGAUCGCAGCUUCUCACAAAGCAACGAUAUGGUGAAGCAUAUGAAAAUACACGUUGGCAAUACGCCGUACCAGUGCGAUCGUUGUGACGUAUCGUUUAGGUUGCUCACGGAUCUACGCAAUCACUACAAAGAGCAUUAUCAGAAGGGUGAACAUGGUCCAGGUUCAUCGCCGGAAAAUGGUGAAGGUAUACGCUUUACCAGCAUUGACAUUUUGCAGUUAAGAUUUAAAAAAGAAAAGGGAACAUUAUUAGGAAACGAAUUUCUCGAUUUGUGUGGUUUGCUUCAUUUUACAACAAUGAAUGUGGAGGAGGUUUGGCAUACGGCGGAUCCAGGGAGUUGUUGCCGCAUAUGUGUAGUGCAAAUGGAUGAAUGUUACCGGAUGCACGAACCACUGGAUGCAAACGCCACGACGAGUUUGCAAAUCGUUCUGGAGAAGAUAUUUCCAGCUGUGUUCAAUGAAGUGCAACUGCAGCACGACUACAGCAUGAACUGGCCAACGGCGGUGUGUCGAGAUUGUAAACGGAAAGUACAAGAUGCGUACGAACUGUACGAGAGCUGCCUUGAUAGCUGUGAUAAGCUACAGAAGAGAGGUUUUACCAAGGAGAAGUUUCACGAAGAAGUUUCACAAAUACUCCAUCCGGUGGAUUGUAUUAUCGAUGAACCAACGGAAGAGUUUGUAGAAUGUGAUCUUAUAGCCGAAGGCGCUGAGGAACCGGAAGAAAUCCUGACCGUUUCACGACGAUCCGUAAAAACGCGCCAAAACGAGAUGAAAGGAACAGCAAAAGCUCAGAAAGCUUCAACCGUCCCUGAGCACGCGGACAUUAAGGAAGAAAUUAAUGAGCUAACAAUAGAAGAACUGAUUGAUGAAAAUGAUACAGAAUUUGUUGAAGAAAAGAUCACCGAGCCUGAUUGGGAACCACCAGCACGUAAAGCCAGAAAACCCAGAACCCAGAAAACAAAACUAAAAACCGAAAAUACUUCACGGGAACGGAAAAAGAGAGAGACGAAAGUAGUGAUGAAGCAGAAAGAUAAGGAACAGGAAGAAUUGUUGGAAUCAAAAAUAGAAGUACAUCCAUGCCAGCUAUGCGUUGGACUUACGUAUGCGUCACCAAAUGAUUUGUCUGAUCAUUUGAAGGCGGAGCAUUCGAAUCAGAUACAAUCAUGUGAAAAGUGCCCAAAGGUUUUCGUUAGCGAUCAAGCUUUCCAGCAUCAUCAGUACUGCCACGCUACGGGACGUUCGUUCUUCUGUGUGUUUUGUGACAAGGGUUAUCAGACGGAAGUUCUUCUAAAAAAUCACCUUAAGUCACAUACACGAGACCCGAAAUUUCUAUGUUCCAUUUGCGGAAAGGGAUUUACAAAUAAAAGCGGUCUUCAGAAACACAUGACAUUCCAUACGGAUAGCAAGUCAUGGCCUUGCAGUUUAUGCCCAUGCCGUUUCAAUACAAAAGCUUGCUUAACUGUACACAUGCGCACACACUCGAAAAACAAGAUUUACACUUGUUCGACCUGCGGUUCACAGUUCAACAAGCAUUAUUCGAUGGUCAAGCAUCAGAUAAUUCACACAGGAGAGCGUCCGUUUGUGUGUGAUCUAUGUCCCAUGAGGUUUGUCUCGCCAUAUCACGUAAAGCGUCACAUGCUUACGCACACGGGUGAAAAGCCUUAUAAGUGCACCUACUGCGAUCGAAGCUUUGCACAAAGCAACGUUUUGGUAAAACACAUGCGCACACACAUCGGUGACAAUCCGUAUCAGUGCGAUCGUUGUGACGCAUCCUUCCGGCUGCUGAAGGAUCUGCGCAACCACUACAAAGAGCACUAUGACGAGAGUGAGAAAGGAAUUGGUCCCUCGCCGGUGGUGGACGAUAAGGAUAUUCGUUUUACUAGUACCGAAAUAUUAAAGCUACGAUACCAAAAAGAAAUGAUUCAAAGAGUUGAGGUCAGCUACGACAAUUAAUCGGUAUUUGCCGGACGAUUUAAUGAUGUAUGGGUAGAAGUAUAUUUUUAAUACAACACAUUUUACUUUACCUGCAUACGUGUAUUUUACUCGUAGUUUUCGCUAUCGCAGGUUUAAUUUCUAUAAUUUUAAUUUUCAUAGCUAAUGUUAGUUUAACAUUUAAAGGAGGCGCCGGUUGGUUAAUGGUAACGGAACCGGAGUACCAUUCGUAGGUCGUUACCCUAGGAGGAAUAGUUC